AUGGAUGAGUUGGAUUCAGGCGCAAGCGCGGAUCGUAUCCUCUUCCCUCCUCCCAUCGCCCCCUCGUCGUCGGCGUCGUCCACGUCGCCCUCGACGCCGCGUCGUUCGAGCUCAGCAGGCCUUAUGAACGUCAUGAAUCCCCCUCCAGACAGAGACGACCAUGUCCGCCACCUGCUUGACCAGCGUGCCGCCCGCGCCGACCCCCAUGGUCGCUUUCCUUCCCUGUCUGAGUUCUCCGAUUCCCCUUCCGUGUACAGUCGCGCAUACUUCUCGCCCCGGCCCGUGGACAAGCAGCUCGAUGGCAAUUUCGACUUCGUCGUGCCUGUACAGGCCCGCGGUCCUCCGUCCCAGCCGCGUUCGCCCAUGUCUGACCGGGAGCGAUUGUACUCUCUCCCCGAUGAGAGCAGCCUAGAUCUUGAUGACGACUCUCAUUCUACCUACGCAUACAGUAACUCCCAUGAGGAUGACGACCUCUCACCCCUUGAGGAGGAACUCCCUAGAAUUAGCACCUACGGUCCCAAAAUGACCGUCCACUCUCGCGCGCCUUGGGAGCUUGGCGAGGACGACGACCCGGACGAAGAGGAACGAGAGCCCUCUAGUUCGAGACGGUCCAAGACCAAGAAGACUGAAACCGGCAAGAGGGUCUGGGGAUUGGGCAAGAACAGUUCGGAGAAACGACCCAGUACCGAAUCAAAUCGCUCUCAAGGGAAGCCGAAGCAGUCGAUUGAGUUUACGAACAAUGGCAGCACCUUGAUGGCUCUCGCGCAGGCUUCCAUGUCGUCAACAUCCCUUGCAUUGGGAGCAUCUCCUCAGCCCACGUUGCGAGACAAGUUGUCAAUUUCGCGCUUGCGCUCCCGCACACCCUCCAAUACCAAUACUUUGAGUCACAACCUGGAGGCUAUUGACACGCGUCUGCCUCCACUACCCCCGCAGUCAGGAAACACGUCUCCCGUGUCACGUCUCAUGCGUACCAUGUCCCCUGCACAGCUCUCGCCUGUCGAGGCAACGUAUUCCGACAACUCCUCACGAUCGCCUACUCCCAAUACCCCUCAGCACGAGUAUUUCCAUCCCUACGCGAAUCCAGCGCUCGUGUCUCGGGCGGCGGCGCCAAAACCGAUAUCGCCUUUACCGUCUCCGAAACACCCGCCUUCGUCAGCAUUGUCUGGGAACUCGAACGUGAAUAGUAGUGACUCCAACGCCACGCUCACCGACACAACCACUACGAGUAGCAUGUUCCAGUCGCGGUCAAAUAUGACGGUAUCGUCUCUGACGCCUGUAACAUCGCUCUCAUCCGUCAGCCAAAGCAUAGGCGACUACUCUCCCACACGCGUGCAAGGGAAAGGCAUUUCGGGCCCCAUCGCUUCACACAGGAUCCCUCUGCCCCCUCCGCCGGUAAGCCAUCCUAAUGGAGCCGCGGCCGUGUCCAUUGGCGUACAGGAGAAGAGCCCGAACAUGCGGAGUAAAGACCAGAAGCUCGUCUCUGGGACAAAUCCCGUAGCGGCGUUCCCAGGCUGGAAUGAAGGCUCUGCCGCGUCCUCUAUAAAGCUCAUUUCCCUGGAGGAGGCACAGGCCCAGGCGCGGGAGCGGUCCCGCAGUGCGACAGCCAACCCCGUCAUUUCGAGCUCGCUUGCGGCUGGCCCGUCGAAGUGUCAAGGUCAAGCUAGCGCUGAUACCGAGUCGCGACUACGCUCCACUAGCGCGGGCGGCGGGAAGGCGAAGGCAGAGUUCGCCAUGCGCCCGCCGAUGCCUGGAGACGGCACCGGGAGUAGCGUACCCGCGCGGAUGGUGCAGCGCAAGAAAAGUGGGUUUAUGCGCCUGUUCAAUGCGAAGGAGCGCGAUCGCGCGCUGUACUCUCCUCCGCCGCCAGUCCCGUCAAUGUCAUCGAGCGAUACCGUCGCGACGUCUUCGUCUACAACAUCGCAGACGCCUAGAUCGCGCAAGGGUUCGACCCCGCGUGUCCCCGUGCCGUCACUGUCUCCUUCCAUUCUUGGGGAGGUCGGCUCCAUUAACGCGGAUUCCGGGAGUUCGUCGGAUACGCGUUCGGAGGCAUCCGGCUCGAAGGAGUCGGUCGUUGCAAGGGAGCGUCAGCUGAGUGCAAGACGUAACGCGCCGGGCCUGUCGAUCGUCACUUCGCCGACGUCGGUCAAUACGUCGAGGCUGCAUCCUCCUGUGCCUUUCUCAGCUGUCAGCGAGUACUCACCUCAUGGGCACACGGUGACCAUUACACCCACCGCGAGUGACUCGUUCACGAGUGCCGCAUCCGAGGUGCCGCAUAUACCCAACAGCGCGCCGCCCGGCAUGUCGGACUUUGUUGCGCUCAGUCUACGGCCUGUGUCGACGCUGUUCAGCCCGAGUCUCGCAGAUCAGCUUAGUCCUGGUGCGAUGUCUCGCCCGUCGUUGGACGUCGAUUACGGCACACCGACUACUGGUACUACGGCCAUCUCGCCGCUCAGCCCUGAUUUCCCUGUCAAGUCAUAUCCGAGCGCCUCAGAUGAUAAGAACGUUCCCAUGAUUGCUCACGAUGAUCAGUCCCCAGCCGUUCAGGCGCUGCAGGAGCAGAUUCUGAUGGCACGGCGGGCCUGGCAGCGGCAAAUUUGGGAACUCGAGGGGCAGGUGCGCGACCUGAAGGCGGAAGUAGACGACCUCCGCGCAGAGGAGAACAGCGCACCAUAUUGCUCGACGUGCGGCAGGGGCAACGUCGGACGUCCCAAUGCUGAUAGCGGCAACUGUCUCGAAGACUUGAGGAAGGUCGGUGUCAAAGUCGGCGUUGUCAACAGACCAAGAGCGCGUACGGGAGUCGGCUCUCGCUUCGCAAGUGGGACCUAGGGUGCAUUUCUCAUCUCACCGUCGUCGUCAUAUCUAUUCCGUUUACUGGUGCUUCUCUCGCUGCAGCUCCUGGUUUGCCGCCACCCUCCUUGAUGUGUAUCAUCAUUCUGUAGAGAUUCCCGCUCCUUCAUCUAUUGUCAUUGGCAGGAAUAUUGUCCUUUUACUCUUUAUUGCUAAUAUUCCACUAUUAUUGCAUCCUGUUGUCACUUCUCGCAUGCCUAUACUGUUUUCAUCUUUGUAGUCCAGAACCUGUAAUAAUGUGUCUCACUAGCCUUGUCCCUCUCCCUGCACAUCCACUCUCAUUCAUAUCCCAUCUAUAGGCUAUUCCACAUGUGUCUCAAGCACUACGUCUACCCUCGUC